AUGUAUAGACUGAUGAAUGAAGUAACAAAUGAAAACAGUAAUAGCAGAUCAUCAUCUGAUAAUCAAUCUAUUAGUGGUGAUGAAUAUUCAGUUGAAAAACAUAAUACAAAUCGAAUUCGAUCUAGUAUGAAAUCUUCUACUGAAGGAACACUUGGCGGAAAAUCAAUACAACAAAUUAAUAAUAAUACAUCAAAUACAAAACAAAGUUCAUCAACUUCACCCUAUGAUAGACGACCUUUUCCAUUUGGACAAUGUCGAGUUUGUACAGAUAAAGCAACUGGUGCUCAUUAUGGUGUGCCAACAUGUGAAGGAUGUAAAGGAUUUUUUAAACGAAGUAUACUACGCAAAGAAAAAUAUCGAUGUUAUUUUGGUGAUGGAUGUGUGAUAAAUACUGAUAAUCGUAAUCGCUGUAAAUCAUGUCGUUUUCAAAAAUGUCUAAAAGAAGGAAUGUCAGUUGAAGGUGUACGAAUGGGUCGUAUUCCAAAAUUAGUUAAAGAAAAAGCGUUAGCUGAACAUCGUUUAUCAUCAUCUAGUAUUGAAAAUGAAGAUCCAAGUUCA